AUGUCUACCAAACCCUCUGAAACAGACCCUUGGGGCUCUAGCCCAGGUCAAACCUCUGGCUCUCCCUCAGCCUCGGGUGGAAAUGAUACCCCGAACGAGGUCGAGAUGAAGAGCUUACGCCCCGACCCUCCCAAAGGCUCAAUUCCCCUGGGCGAGGAUGUGAUGCAAUUGGCGCGAAUGGGUGAAAUUGGCGCCAUGCAGAACCUCUUCACAGCUAAGAAAUUUACCGCGAAUCAUCGCGACGCCGAGGGCAUUACGCCUUUGCACUGGGCCGCCAUCAACAACCAAUAUGCGAUGUGUAAAUUCCUUAUCGACUCCGGAGCCGACGUCAACGCCAAGGGAGGAGAAUCAGUCGCAACACCCGCCAUGUGGGCCGCGCAACGUUGCCACUACUACAUCGUCAACCUCCUCCUCCAAAGCGGUGGAGAUCCCCUCCUCACCGAUGUCCAAGGCUACAAUAUCCUUCACCUGGCCACCAUUGACGGCAACGCGUUCUUGGUUGUGCUUCUCCUGCACCAGGAGAUCCCCGUGGACGUGGUGGACCAGCAAGGACACACUGGACUGAUGUGGGCUGCGUACAAGGGAUACCCCGUAUGCGUGGACUUGUUCCUGCGCUGGGGCGCCAAUGCGAACGCCGUGGACGAAGGUGGUCUGACCCCGCUCCACUGGGCUUUGGUCAAGGGCUCAAUGCCUUCCGUUCUCAAGCUGCUGGAAUACGGCGCUGAUCGCUUUGCGAAGACCCGUGAUGGAAAGUCGCCUGCGACUGUCGCACAGGAAAUGAACACCACGCGCGUUUGGUACCGAUCGCUCAACGAGCGCGGUUUCGAGCCUGAUGGGUCCCAGAAGGUGGUGCCUAUGGGACUGUCGAGCUUUGUGCGCAACAAGAGCAUCAUGGCCAAGUUCUUCUUCUUGUGGCCUUGGCUGACAAUUCUGCUGGCGCUAUGGAUGUUAAGUCAUCUUGCGAUCUUCAUGUCUGUGCCUCUGGUGUUGGUGACCGUGUUUGGAAUGCAAUACGUUGCGCAGCAACUUGCGAACAAGGGCCCGGCGGAGUAUCGCAUCUUGCAGAAGACACCCUAUCUUGCGGGUGUGUUUGCUGGAACGUUGUUCUGGGUUGGACUUCGGUAUGCGUUCAAGGUGUUACCUGCAACUUACUCUUCGAACCCGAUCUUGAACAUCAUGUUUGCGGUGUUCUUCUGUGCUACCGCGUACUUCUACACUAUCUCUAUGGUCCAGGAUCCGGGCUAUGUUCCGAAAUUGAGCAGCAGGAAUCAGCAGAGAGAGGUUGUCAAAGAGCUAUUCGAGCUGUGGAAGUUUGACGAGGAGAACUUCUGUAUCCCUUGCAUGACGAGAAAGCCACUUAGAAGCAAGCACUGCCGACGCUGUGGACGCUGCGUUGCGAAGCAUGAUCACCACUGCCCAUGGAUUGAUAACUGUGUCGGAUCCAACAACCUCCGCCACUUUGUACUCUACAUUGUGUCUCUCCAGGUUGGAAUCAUCCUAUUCGUACAGCUGACCGUCGCAUAUAUCCAAUCACUCCCCGCUCCCAGCAAUGCUACAUGUAACGUGAUCAACGACGUCCUGUGCGACUACGCCUCUCGCGAUACCUUCACCCUAGUCCUCAACAUUUGGAUCUCCCUCCAGCUCGUCUGGGUCACGAUGCUGUGCGCCGUCCAGCUCGUCCAAAUCUCCCGCAACCAGACCACCUACGAGAACAUGCGUGGUCACCACAUCGACCGAUCCUACCCCAGCUCCCAAGCCUUUGCAUCCGCCAUGACCGCCGGCACCACCUCCAUGGAAGCGGCCGGCUUCUCCGCCGCCGGACAAGGCCCCAACCCCGCCCUCCGCGGGCCCCCAGCACCCCGCCGCAAACACGGCUGCCUCGCGCAGUGGUCUUCCCUCCUCGGCGUGGAUGCCUUCUGGACCACCGCCAAGGAUGGCCUUCGCGAUGGUCCGCAGGCCGCUCGUCCCCGCAACCCCUUCUCCCGGGGCGUGGUUACGAACUGCCGCGACUUCUGGUGCGACCCUGCGCCUCUGUUCGGCAAGCGCAACCCGGGCUCUGGGAUGCUGGGCGGUGAGGUUGUCAACUAUCACGAUAUGUACGAAACCCCGAUGCGCAUGCACACCGGGCGAAGCGAGGGAGCUGGCUACCGCGGCAUUGCUGGCGAGGACCCCGAUCAUGCGGUGUAA